GCUGUAACCCUCGGUCAUUGACCUCCACUAGACCACCUGGAGUCUGCAGCCGACUUCCUGGCACGCGGUUGCGCGGUACUGGCAGGGCCGGGAGCGUUGCUCAGGGGAGGUGGGACAUAGGAGGGGGUCGGAGGAGCUGUUACAACAGCGGGGGAUUGUCUCAAUUAGCAUCGAUUGCUUAUAAAUAUGGUUAUAAUCGGCCAGGGGCAGCAAACAAAUUGCAGACCUGCUGGUAAUAAAUUGCAUAACCUGCUGGUAAUAAAUCACAAGCAGGGGAUGACAGAUACUGGGAAAGUAAGCAUUGGGGAACAAACAAAGCAGAACAGCAACAAAGUCUACAGCAAUUUAUUGCAGGCCAGUCUCAGGUGCAGUAACAACUCUUGGAGAAACUGCCAGGCGUGGAGUGCUCUCAGUGAAUCUUUCCAGGUGACCAUGCCUCCAUGUGCCAGGCGAUCCGCAGUAUGGAGCAAUGGCAAGGUGCUGGACCCCAUCAGUGUUUGUGGGGAGGAAGCUGUCCAGUCCCAGCUGCACACCAGCCGUAGGAAUUACGAUAUCUUCGGGCAGAUUUCAAGGAACAUGAUGGAAAGGGGCCAUGACCGGGACGCACUGCAGUGCAGGAUUAAAAUGAAGGAGCUGUGGAAUGCUUACCCCAAAGCCCAUAAGGCAAACCACCGCUCCAGUGCUGCCUCUGCAAUCUGCCAUUUCUACAAAGAGCUGGAUGCAAUACUUGGGGGCGACCCCACCUCCACUCCAAGUACCAACAUGGACUCUUCAGAGUCCAGUUCAACAAGGCAGGAGGAGGAGGAGCAGCAGCAAAGUGGGAGCGAGGGUGCUGAGGUGGAGGAAGACAUGUCGGAAUCCCUAGAUGCAUGCAGCCAGGAGCUGUUCUCAAGCCAGGAGGAAGGUAGCCAGUCGCGGUGGCCGGUGCAUGGGGAAGGACAAACACCAGAGGAGGUUCCCGAUGCAACCUUGAGAUCUCAGCCGUCCGUGUUAUCACUGGCCAAAAGUCUCCAAAGAAUCAGAAAGAGGCCAAGUAGAAGCAAGGAAGACAUGUUGCAUGAAAUAAUGUGGCAUUCAAGUAAUGAAAAUUGAAAAGUGCAGGAGUGGCAGGACAGUGAAAGGAGGAUCCGCCAGCAGAAUGAGGAAUGCUGGCACAAAAGCGCAGUGCUCCAGCAGCAAAGCACGGAUUGGCUGAUAAGCAUAAUGGAGCGCCAAGCAGACUCGAUCCAGGCGCUUGUAGCCAUGCAGGUGGAGCACUACUGUGCCCGACCACCCCUGCAGCCCUUGUCCCAAAACUCUUUCCCUUGUGCCCCCAUGUCACCUCCAACCCACCUUCCCAAACAUCCGGGUUCUUACCAUCACCAGCUCCAACACCUGUAGCUUCACCACCCAGCCCUGAAAACUACGACCCUUACCCACUGCACUCAACCCCCAUCACCAGGCAGUAUAGCCAUCCUGAAGUGUAGCACUCAUUGCAGAACACUCGAGACAGGAAGGCUGAGUAUGAUAGAUAACAGGACAUAUGCAAAUCUGUGAUUGUACCGUUCUCUACCCCACCCCCUUGCUCUUUUUGUUUCCGAAGCAGUUGUGUGUCUUUUCAAUAAAUGGAUUUUUUGGCUUUGAAAA